UGACAUCUUAAAGGGUGACCUGAUCAAAACUUAACUAGAACUAGAAACAGAGAGUGAGUGAGUCUUUACCAUUGCAUUGGUAGAGUGUACUGCAAAGCUAGGACAAACAUUUAAUAAAAAUUGGAUCUAUACAUCUGAAAAAUGGCUGAACGAGUAACAAAAGAAGCAAUUAAGAAACUAGAUGCAAAACUCGAAUGCUCGAUUUGCCUAGACCCUUUUAAGCAACCAAAACUCUUGCCAUGUUAUCACGUAUUUUGCAAGUCCCCAUGUCUGGAGAAACUAGUGACCAAAGAUGGACGCUCCCUCACUUGUCCUACCUGUCGACACAUUGUCCCACUGUCAGAGAGGGGAGUGGCUGGACUGCAAUCAGACUUCCACAUUGACCACUUGUUUGAGAUACGAGAUGCGUUUAAUAAAGCUGCAGAAUCAAGUGAGACCCAAUGUGGCAAUUGCGAGGCAGGGAAAGCAACUGGAUACUGCAAAGAUUGUGAAGAUUUCUUGUGUGAUAAUUGCCAAGCAGCCCAUCAAGCGCUGAAACUGACAAGGUCUCAUCAGAUAGUGAGCCGCCAGGAAUUUCAAGAACAGGCCACAAAAAUUAUCACAGCCAAGAAAACAAACCCCACUUGUGGCAAACACCGCAAAAAUGAGCUGAAGAUCUACUGUGACACUUGCAAGGAGCUUAUCUGCACAGACUGCACCAUCCGACUGCAUAAAGACCACAAUUACGACCUAGUGGAUGAUGUGUUCCCUAAACAUAAGAAAGAGCUUGUCUCAAGUCUCAAACCUGUCAAAGAGAAGCUAGACAAAGUCCAACAAGCACUGAAGGUGUUCGAUACUCUUGCAAAAGAUAUUCACGACCGAAGAGCCACUCUUGAAGCCGAUAUUCACAAAGAGAUUGAUGAACAACAUCUACUAUUGGAUCAGCGAAGAACUGAGCUUGUGGGAGAGCUGAAGAUGCUGACUCAGCAGAACCUAAUAGGUCUAGCUGCACAGAGAGACCAGGUGGAGAUUACUCAGGUGAAACUGGCCAGCUGUCUCGAGUACGUUGAGGGGGCGCUUGAAACAGGCACUGUGUGUGAAGUACUAGAAACGAAAGCUCCUGUACUCAAGAGAAUUGAACAGAUAUCGACCAAAUUUAAUCAAGACAAACUUCAACCAGAAAUAGAAAACAAAAUAAAAUUGAUUACAGACGGAAAAGAAAAAUUAAAAAAGUCAUGCAUAUCUUAUUUAAGAAUACAUGAUGAUGAGAUGACUGACAGUUGCAGUCUAGAGGGGGAAAAUUUAACCGGUGUAGAGGUAAACAAGGCUGUGAAAUUGAAACUUCGACUCAAGAGGCAGUAUCGGAACAUUGAGGUAGUUGCAGCAGUCACUCACAGCCACACCCAGACCCCAGUCAAAUGUGAGAUUAUCAGGAGAGAUAAUAAGUACGAAAUCGCCUACACGCCCACAAACAGAGGUGAACACGAAAUUAACCUGGCCAUCAAUGGCACACACGUAAGAGGCAGUCCAUUCACUGUAGUAGCCAUGCCUCAACCGCACACACUGGGAGCACCAAGCAGAGUGAUUAGCAAUUUGGAGAAACCCUGGGGUGUCGUUGUCAAUAGCAAAGGUCGUGUGAUUGUCGUUGAAUUUGGUAGUGGACGAAUAGUGAUCUAUGAUGAAAAUUAUGAACGAAUUCAAGUAAUUGAUUCACGAGGUAAGGCUGCAGCAGGAGUGGCUGUUGACAGAGAUGAUAAUAUCUACGUUAGUGAUUAUAAGGACCAUAAAGUCCGAAAAUUUACCGCCAAUGGAGACUUUCUCAAAGAAGUGGGCACUAAAGGUGACCAGAGGCUUCAGUUCAGCUCACCAACAGGAAUAGGCUACAACAAAACUAACGACAAGAUAUAUGUCAGUGAAGAGAACAACAAUCGAGUUCAAGUGUUGAACCCUGACCUCACAUUCCACAGUAUCAUCAGCGAGAAUGAAAUUAAUAGUCCUCUCAAUGUUUCAUUCGACCGUAUUGGCAAUGCGUACGUAGCUAACUUUGAUAAGCACAAUGUGAAGGUAUUUCAAAGUAAUGGAACGUUGUUGAGAACAUUUGCUGCACACGGUAGUGGUCCAGGACAACUAACUAAUCCAUGCGCUAUAGCUGUCAGCAAUACAGACACGGUGUAUGUUGUUGAGAUGUGGGGACAUCGUAUCUCGGUAUUUAAAACAAAUGGAGAGUUCAUUUGCAAUUUCGGCACACAAGGAAAAAAAGAAGGAAAAUUCGAUGGUCCAGCUGGAAUAGUCAUUGACAGUCAUGGAAACAUCGUAGUUGCAGAUCGAGGUAACAGACGACUUCAAGUAUUUUAAUCUAGGACAAUAUUAUGUACAUUGCACAUACAUGCAUGCACCAGUAAACUAUUUAGUUCGAUCAGCACUGUAGAAUAUUAUUCAUAAACUUUGUGUCUUGUGCUGUUGGUGAACUUUUCCAUAUCCCCAUUUCUUUCCCAC